UGCGUUGAUGCUGUUGCUGAUGCUGUUGCCCGGCGCCUGUAUCCGUGCUUCCAGACGGGGGGUAACCAUAGCCACCGGCUCAUCGGAAGGAGCAGCAGCAGCAGCAGCAGCAGUAGCAGUUGCAGCAGCGAGGACAGAGGACAGAGGACAGGAGUGAGAAGGAUAGUCAGCAUCCCUGGAGACAAACAGACGCAGUGAGAAGAUGACUCUGGCAGCCUACAAAGAGAAGGUCAAAGAGCUCCCCCUGGUGUCGUUGCUAUGCGCCUGCCUGAAUCCACAGACUCUAGAAAAGACUACAUAUAAAGCAGAAGAUGCAGUGGACCUGGGCUGGUGUGUCAUCAAAGAUGUCGAGGUGAUCGAAAUAAACAAGCGGGCUUCAGGCCAGGCCUUCGAAGUCAUUCUCAAGCCCCCGUCCUUCGACGGCGUGCCAGAACUCAACACCUCCAUGCCGCAGCGUCGUGACCCUUCCCUGGAGGAAAUUCAGAAGAAACUGGAGGCUGCCGAGGAGAGACGAAAGUGCCAGGAGGCCGAGCUGCUGAAGCACCUAGCAGAGAAGAGGGAACACGAGCGCGAAGUGAUCCAAAAAGCCUUCGAGGAGAACAACAACUUCAUCAAGAACGCCAAGGAGAAGCUAGAGCAAAAGAUGGAGGCCAACAAGGAGAACAGGGAGGCUCUCCUGGCCGCCAUGCUGGAGAGGCUGCAGGAGAAGGACAAACACGCCGAAGAAGUGAGGAAGAACAAGGAGCUGAAGGAGGAAGCCUGUCGGUAGAUGAGCGGAACGCGCAAACGGUGGGAGCGAACCAGAGCAGGACUGGGAGCUUUUUAAGUUAAACCGUGCAGGAUAAUAAAAGAAAAAGAGCUGAAAAAACAAACGUAAACAAAGAUAAAUUGCCAGUUUUUCACAUUUCAUGUAUACUGUAAGAAGAAGCUGUACAAAGUUUAGCCCAUAUUUGAUGUAAAGCAACAAAAAAAAAAAAAUAAUAAUCACGCUUUUUUUUCUAAGGAAGCGGAGUGUGGUGUAGCCUCCAGACAAAAGAGUGUUAGCAGACAAUUCCGUCGUGUUUGAAUACUGGACACCGGCGUAGCUAAAAAGCUCCGAUCUGCAGAGAGCGCUAAAGAUAAAUCAGACCUUGUAACAUCAGCAGGACACAUUUCUUCACUUUGCUUCCACAGCCCUUGUGCUAACUCUUUAGCAUUUUUCAGCCUGCCUUGUGUCUUGGUAUGGGACAUUUUUUUUAUGUACUAAAACUCAGCGGAUUUCACAGAACGGAUCUAGAACACAACCAGGUAAUGCGUUUUCGUUCCGACAGAGUAGAGCCUCGACAAACGGAGGCUCGAAAAGUCGAGGACUCUCAGCGGCGCGCUGACAUUUUCAGACUUUGUAAAUCUCCGGUGUACUUGUAGUUCAGUGACAUUUAGGGUCUCCUAGAUUUUAGACUUGGAAUUGCACUCUCAUUUUAUUAAGCACAACACAAAAGCACAUAUGCAUAUAAAAGGGGGGACGGGGGCUGAGGCGGGGUCCCCAUCACGGAGAGAUUUGGACGAAGUCACUUUUGAAGUUUAGGUUCGAGGCUCCUCUGGCUAACUCGUCGACUCUGUUUGCUUUGAUACGCGUCAUCGUGCUCCGAAUGUUUGUUCGUUCGUUUGGUUUUUUGUUUUUUGUUUUUGUUUUUUUUUUUCAAAGUAGAAGUAUUUGAAACCCAUACCUUAAAAAAGUGUGUAACUAAAUCUGAGUUGUUGAGUCAUACUGACUUAAUUUAAAAAACGUUUCACAUGUUGGCAGUGUAACAGAAGAGGUUUGUACUCGCUGUAACCGUGUCUGUCGCUGUAACUCUGCAAAGCUGGAUUGACUAUAUCUGUUUGGCAUGGACAGUAAAAAAAAAAAACGCUUGGCUGAC